CUCCAACGUGUUUGGUUUCCCUAUAUAUAUGUAUGUAUAACCUUUGUAGUUAGAAGCCAAAAGUCUUAUUAUCACACUAUUUGUCGUCUUUUUCUGAUCUGAAUAUUUUUGUAAAUUCACAUUUUUCCGGCGAGAAAAUGGCGACGGAUGUGGAGGUGGUGCAACAUGGUACGGCGGAGAUUAAUGGAUGUUGCAAAAAAGGACCUGGUUAUGCUUCUCCACUUGAAGCUAUGGCUGGUCCUAAAGAAUCUUUAAUUUAUGUCACCUGUAUUUAUACUGGAACAGGAAGGGGAAAACCUGACUACUUAGCUACAGUAGAUGUAGAUCCUAAUUCACCAGCUUAUUCCAAAGUAAUCCAUAGGCUGUCUAUGCCUUAUGAGGGUGAUGAACUACAUCAUUCUGGUUGGAAUUCUUGCAGUUCUUGUUAUCGUGAUCCUUCAGCUGCUCGACGAUAUCUCGUCCUGCCUUCACUUAUAUCAGGACGCAUUUAUGCAAUCGACACGCUAAAGGAUCCACGGGCUCCCAGUUUGUAUAAAGUUGUUCAACCAGAUGAUGUGAUCCAAAAGACAGGAUUAGCGUUCCCUCACACCGCUCACUGCCUUGCUUCUGGUGAGAUACUGGUGUCAUGUCUCGGAGACAAAGAUGGAAAGGCUGAGGGGAGCGGAUUUCUUCUUCUUGAUUCAGAUUUUAACGUGAAAGGAAGAUGGGAAAAACCAGGGCAUAGUCCGCUCUUUGGUUAUGACUUCUGGUACCAGCCUCGACAUAACACCAUGAUCAGUUCCUCUUGGGGAGCUCCAUCCGCUUUCACGAAAGGUUUCAACCUCCAGCAUGUUACUGAUGGGCUUUAUGGUCGGCAUUUGCAUGUCUACACAUGGCCUGGUGGUGAACUAAAACAGACAUUGGAUCUUGGAAACACAGGGCUCCUGCCUCUAGAGGUAAGGUUCUUGCAUAAUCCAUCUGAAGCAAUUGGAUAUGUGGGGUGUGCUUUGACAAGUAACAUGGUGCGAUUUUUCAAGAAUCCAGAUGGCUCGUGGGGUCAUGAGAUAGCAAUCGCUGUAAAACCGGUGAAGGUGCAGAACUGGAUUCUUCCGGAAAUGCCUGGUCUUAUUACCGACUUUCUGAUCUCUCUUGACGAUCGUUUUCUAUACCUGGCAAACUGGCUACAUGGUGACAUUAGACAGUACAAUAUCGAAGAUCCUGCCAAUCCUAAGUUGACUGGCCAAGUAUUUGUUGGAGGAGUGUUUCAAAAAGGAAACUCUGUACUUGCUGAGGCUGAAGAUGGUUCAACAUACCAAGUGGAUGUCCCAGACGUCCAGGGACACCGAUUGAGAGGGGGACCUCAGAUGAUACAGUUGAGUCUAGACGGGAAGCGUUUGUACGCGACAAACUCGUUGUUUAGUACAUGGGACCGUCAAUUCUACCCCGAGCUAUUGGAGAAAGGAGGUCACAUAUUACAAAUCGACGUUGACACUGAGAAAGGUGGCCUUGCUAUAAACCCGAGAUUUUUCGUUGAUUUCGGAGCAGAACCUGAUGGUCCAUCCUUAGCUCAUGAAAUGAGGUAUCCUGGUGGUGACUGCACUUCUGAUAUUUGGAUAUAAGUGGCUAAAAUCUGAUCAAGAAUAAAGUCUGGUGACUCUGGUCCCAUGUUGUUACAUUAGCUACUGAAUGUCCAAUGUAUUCUAUUAGUGAAACAUAUGUCUGUAUUGUACCUUAUAACGACACUUCAAUAAUUUUAGCUUGCUCUUGUCCUUUCAAAUUUGCUCCUCUUGUUCCUCA